AUGUAAUCUUUUCAAUUUAUUGUAAUGAAUGUGAAUGAAGUGCUCAAAGGAAAGAAUUGGAACAAAUUGGAUUCUCUUGAGUUUACUAUCAGAUAUCUUCUAAAAUUAGUAUUAGUAUAAACAAAGAUGAUAUAAAAGUUUCAUUAGAAUUACUUUAUAGGAAUCUGA